CACAGAUCUAGAUCAAAACCGAUAGUGUUGAAGGUUGGUCGAAGUCUCUAGCGAAUUUAGUCAUAAACUGCUUGGGAUCAUGAAAGCGGCAAUUUUUUUUCUGGCGUCUAUUACACUUGUAUCAGCAUUCAAACUAGAGAAUGUCAAAAGAGCUACACACACUGGAGAGUGCCCACUUGUGGACACAAAUGUUCUAGGAUUUUGCAUGUAUGAUCCAGCAAAAAAUUGUCUAAGUGAUGAUCAAUGCAUACCAACGGAAAAGUGUUGUCCAAGUGGCUGUAACAAGAUGUGCAUGACGGCUGUUCAUCAUCAGUUGCUUUUGUCCUAAAUAUCCAACUUCAACAAACAACCUUUAAAAAUAUGAAAAUUACAUGCAUCAGAAAUUAAAGGAUUUCCUUUAUAGAGAAGAUCAUAUUAAGAUUGUUGAUCCAUGUGAACUAAUCACUGCAUGG